AUGGCACGUCGCGCCUAUAGGAAGAAUGUAGUUGUUGAUGUUCAUGCUUCGCGCGACGCCAGUGGUUGUCCCGGCGCACGCCCAAAACAAACGGUGGCGGCUCCACCACACGACUUUGCCCUGUCUCUUCCUUUCUUACCCCAAAGCUCUUCCUCCACUUCUUCCCACCCCAAGACCUCCGAGCUUCAAUUCUUAGCUCCCUCCUCUAGUAUUCUCUCUUUUAUGCCCUUUCAUGCUACCAUGAACUCCCCCUGA